UAAUCGCAGCUCAACUGUGUUUUAGAGAUAGAUAGGCCUAUAAUCAUGCAGACGGUGUGUCGGGUGUGUCUGUGCCUGCAGAGGAAAGAGGCGGAGGCUGCUCGAGUCACUGACGUGAUUGAUCUUCAUUGCUCAACACGAAGACCAAAGUACAAUGCUGAUGUGCUGCCUGAGCCUGGGAGUCAGUCAGGAGGAUUUCAGUCACUUCGACAGAUACAAUGACGCCUUGGACUGAUAUGAAGAAAGAUGAGCUUGAGAGGCAGUACUCCCCCAGCUGCUGGUCGCACAGGAUGUCGGCAGACGACGUGAUCAAGGCCCAUGUGGCGGCUCUGAGACAAGGUACAGAGCGCGCCCGUGGCCUGGCCCAAACUUUGCUCAAUGUGCCAUAUGGGGAAGGAGAGGGGGAGAAGCUGGAUGUCUACAUACCCAGCACCACCUCUCUGGACGUCCCCCUGGUUAUUUACCUACAUGGAGGUUACUGGCAGUUUCUCAGUAAGGAGGAGUCUGGAUUUAUGGCGGUCCCAUUGGUCAGUAAAGGCGUAGUGGUGGUUGCCGUCGGCUACGACAUCGCUCCCAAAGGGAACAUGGACUUAAUGGUGUCUCAGGUGCGCAGGAGUGUUGUGUCCGUCAUUCAGCAGUAUUCUCACAUCAGUGGUCUGUACCUGUGUGGCCACUCCGCCGGCGCUCAUCUGGCUGCCAUGGUCCUCUCCACAGACUGGUCGCAAUACAACGUCACUCCUCAGAUCAAAGGUGCUUUCCUAGUCAGUGGGAUAUACGACCUCCUGCCCAUCCUGUCUACCUACGUCAACGAGCCUUUGAAGAUGACAGAGGAGGUGGCAGUGAGGAACAGCCCCAGCAAGCUGGUCCCUCAGCUCAAGCUCUCCUCCUCCAGCUGCCACAUUGUUGUUGCUGUGGCGCAGAACGACUCCCCUGAGUUUCGCAGGCAGUCGGAAGAUUACUACAAAAGUUUGGAAGCAGCAGGACUGACUGUUACGAUGGAGGAUGUUCCCAACACCGAUCACUUUAAUAUCAUUGAGCAACUGAUAAAUGGGGAAUACCACCUGACACAGCUCCUCUUGAAGAUGAUGGGGAAGAGCUGAGAAGACGGGUCUCAUUUGCCAUCUAGUAUCAACGUGUACACCUCCGAACAAUCAUAAUGCACUGCUGAUUUCUGCUAGUGGUAAAAUACGCAUUAUUUCAGUGUCGUAGUAUGGUACAUUUACAAUGCCCAUCCAUUUUGGUCGAUCAAAACUAAGGUGGCAUGUGUUUGAGUUGUUUUGGCAUUCUGUUUCUCUCACCAUCUAGCCCACAGAAGUCCUUUACUGUUGUCGCUGCUGGUAGAAUAUGCAGUAUCACACAUCAACUUUUUAUGACCCAAACUAUAUUAACACAAGCUGGGAAAUUGUGUGCCUGUGCAGGUACAAGGGCGAUGAUGACCGCAGGGAUAUGAUAGUGAAACUUGCUCAUACUCAGUUGCCAGCUAGUUAUUUAAUCUUCAUACUGCACAAUUUUGUUGACAAGACCUAUUACACUGACUUGACACUCAUUACUCACUAUCAUAUUAACAUCACACGGUAGAGAAUGGGAUAUUUUUGAUGGUUUGUUUUGCAUAUUUCCUUUGUUUUAAGGGUUGAUCCAGUCGGACUGUGACAAUCUACACCAAUAGCUAUAAGUACAUGGGAAGAAUGAAAAUAGUUAAGACUAACGACAUGCCAACCAGUGGCAUGAAGUGAAUGUAGCAUUUUACUGUAACCUCCACAGUGCAGGUAUUUCAGCCAGGGAAUCUGAAUGAUUAUGUUAAAAGUGUCAUCCACACUUGCUAAUGUUAAUAACGAAUGCUGUAUUUUUGCACUUUUAAUUUCACUCUUGUACGAGACUGUCAAUAUGAAGAUGGAUCUAUAUUUUUUAAAGAAGCUGGACUUAAUUAUCACAGAUGAACAUUAGAAUGAUACUUGCUGCCCACAUUGUAGCAUCUCAAUUGUUUACAUUAUUGUUUACGUAAGUAGUGCAGAUUAAUCAUUAAUUACUGUAGGAGAUUAUAAAUCACAUAAUAAAUGUUAAAUCUGA